AUGCUAGGAUGGCAUCAUCUGCUUCAUUUUGCAGUGACAAAGAACUACUUUCAGCGGCGAGAGUUCUCGUUCACGCUCCGUGAUGAUAUCUAUGUGCGGUACCAGUCUUUCAACUCCCCUCAGGACUUGGAAAAAGAGAUCCAGAAAAUGUGUCCAUACAAAAUUGACAUUGGAGCUGUGUAUUCACACAAGCCCAUCCAGCACAACACUGUUCACAUGGGUGCUUUUCAGGCCCAAGAGAAGGAGCUGGUGUUCGACAUAGACAUGACAGAUUAUGACGACGUUCGACGGUGCUGCAGCUCUGCAGAGAUCUGCUCCAAGUGCUGGACGCUCAUGACCAUUGCCAUCCGUAUCAUAGACCGGGCUCUUGUGGAGGACUUUGGCAUCAAGCACCGUCUCUGGGUAUACUCAGGACGCAGAGGUGUGCAUUGCUGGGUGUGCGAUGAUUCUGUCAGGAAGUGGUCUUCAGCUCUCCGUUCCGCAGCAGUGGAAUAUCUCAGCCUAGUGAAGGGUGGUGAAGAAACGAUCAAGAAGGUGACCCUCUCGGGCAAGAUUCACCCAUUCAUCAGUGAAUCAUUAAACGUGUUGACUCCUUACUUCACCGAGUAUGCCCUUGUUGGUCAGGACAUACUUGGCAGCAAAGAGAGCUAUGAGAAAGUGCUGACUCUGGUCCCAGAUUCAAUUCGAGAAGAUCUUCUACAAGAAUUUAGUAAAAAAAAGCAUGACUCAGUUCAGCGCUGGGAACUUUUGAAACAAAAGUUGGAAAAAUCUAAAACGCCACACACGGAAUGGGAGAUCAUGCUGCAGUAUUGCUUCCCUCGGCUGGAUAUUAACGUUAGCAAAGGACUCAGCCACUUGUUGAAGAGCCCCUUCAGUGUUCACCCCAAAACAGGGCGUAUUUCGGUUCCCAUUGAUCUGAAGAAACUAGAUGAAUUUGAUCCAUUUGCUGUCCCCACUAUAAGUUGCCUCUGUCAGGAGCUGGACACAGUUCGCAAUGAUGAAGGGAAUGGAAAGGAAAAUGAAGGAGAGGCAGGAAGCUCUCGUAGAAUCAGGGAUUACAAGAAAACUAGCCUGGCCCCAUAUGUGAAAGUCUUUGAACGGUUCCUGGAGGAAAUAGAGGACUCGCAUAGAGGGGAACGUCUUCAGGCCAGCGAUAUGCAGAUGCAAUUCUGAAGUCUUUGAACUCACAUUGUGCUGCAACAGAGGGCAUUUCAUAGGGUGAAUACUUAGGACUCUUUGCAGCUCUGGUGUUCUUCUAGUAACCAACAAUUUCAUUUACCAAAGUGGUCAACAGUGUUCUUUGCUACCAAAAGAAAGUGAUGAAAGUAGAAUUCAGAGAGUCACAGGUGCCAACAAGAGAAUACAAAUGCCCAUAUAUAAUAAAGGAGCUGACAAAGAAGCUACAAGAUUAGAUCCAACAGUACUGCUCUGUUUUGCAAGAGGUGACAGCCUGGUCAGUUGGAUGCAUCCUUCUUUGGUAACAGACAAGGGAAGGGCUUAUAUAUAGCAUGGGGGGAACGUGUGACACCCCCCCCCCCCACAGCUGUUAUUGGACUCCAGCUCCUGUCAUCCCUGACAAUGAGCCAUGCUGGCUGAGGCUGAUGGAAGUCUGAAUCUAACGUAAUACAGGUUCACCACCCCAGCAUAUAGCUUUACAUACAGAAAUGGGCCUUUUUCUUGAGAUGAACUUGAGAGAAAAGCAGGCGGUUCAGGUUAGUACCAGGAAAAAAGAGGGGUCUAGAUGUUGCAAAUGCACUGCUGAUUGGUUGCCAAGAAAUUCAGCUUCCAGGGCUUUAAAAUCUUACUCAAGUAUGCCAGUAGCAGAUUUUAAUCUAAGCAAUUCAAAAUUGGCCUCUCUUUGUGUAUGAUACCUUUUCAGUUAAUAGCACCAUUUUAAGAAACUAACAUAGGUUUUCUCUAAUCCUCCAGCAGCUUCUCGUUCCCCUUCAGAGCACUUUGGCAUUUUGUCUUAAGGAUCACAGUUUGUGAUCACGUUGAAUGAACCCUCACCAUUUCAUGGAUAAAAGCAACCUUUCCCAACCUGGUCCCCUCUGGAUAUGUUAGUGUUCAUUUCCCAGAAUCCCUACCAGAUUGGGAAAAGCUGCACAAAGGUCUGCCCAUGCUUAAUCAGGCUAAACUAAUAGGAUAGUAACAAUAAAAAGGCUUCAUGUUAAAUGUGUUUAUGUAUUUUGAUUUCCAGCAUUACUUAAUGAGUAAAAAAAUGUGGGCAGGCAGCAGGGAAGCAAGCAAAUGGUCUAUCAAUGUGGCAGGCUUUACACAAAAUUCUGAAGCAGAUGUGACUAAAAAGAACAAAAUUGCUUUAUGGUCUUGCAUUAAGUAUUUUUAGCUAUUCAGUUGAGUGUCACAGAUAGGCUGUGUCCAGCUCAAUAGUGUCACAUGCUCCAGUCUAUUUACGUUCUUCUAAAGGUAUAAAUGGUUGUCAUGGACUUAUAUUGCCUUCAAGAUGAUACCGUGGGGCAUAUUGAUUGAGUUGUUUUCAGCUAACAGUGGAUAGCUGGCUGUCUUUCGAGUGCAGUUUUAUUGCAUAGUCCAGUAAAAUGUUUUAAGAUCUGAAUGGGUGCUAUUAGAGAAAGGAGUAAAACAAGCACAAAAAGACUAAAAUGUAAGUUGCUCAGUUGAAGUUAUUCAUAAUAAAGCAGCAAGAUAUCUAAGAGGUUUCAUGAAGUAAUUUCUGCAGAUCAAGGCUGAGGAGAAUGCUUUGGAGCCUAUCAGAAGAAGCUUACAGGAGGUGUGCCCAGUACUCUUUAAGUAUGUAACCUGCAACGUAACUUUCCUUAUAUGGGUUUCCUUAUAUGCAGAGAGCAUCAUGACUUGUUCGGUGCCCCAAGUAGCACAAAGGACAGUCUUCCUGGACUGAGAGAUAAGAGUGGUACAAUUGGAAAAACUGUUCCUGGCUUAAAAUUAAGCAAAACUGAAAAGUAGUGUGCAGCCAUACAAUUAAGCACACAAAAAUUGGUCUUGGCAGGUUUGCUUGCAGAUCUUUAAAGCACCCAUGGCCGUAACAAGUGUCCUGUAUCUCUCCUGCCACUACCUACUAUUUCAUUUCAAUUUGGUUUGUGUACAGCACAAAUAUUAAGACCUUUAUCUUCUCAGGAUGAAUUUGUUUUAUUCUUUUGUUCUUUAUAUUAAAGCUGUAUUUGUGUUUGCAAAUAAUUUUGUUACAAUGUUUCAUAAAUAAAUUUUUUAAAAGUUCA